AUGGCCGCCUUCGUGCGCGUUUCAGGUCCGGCAAAUGGCAAUUUUCUAAUCGGCUACCCGGGCAUCUCGGCUACUAUGCCUCGAGUCGAGGGUAAAGUCGAGAUCCGGCCCAGCGUCGGCAUAUCAGCUCCCUCACCAUCUCCCUUCUUCGUCGCGAAACCAUCCAUCCCUCGGCCGACUCCGUCACCAAAAAACGCCUUGCCCCCCCCUCGAAAGGAAGUCGCAGAUAUCGUCGGCAAAGAAAUGCUCUUAUUUCGAUGCCCCGCCGGCAAGGAGUUUGAAGAAGUCAUCGCUAUGGAUCUCCCAUUCGUCCUCUUCAUCCCAUUUGGUCGUGGGGGCCGCGAUGCCUCUCGGCGAGUACCUCCCGCAAGUCUACAGCUACCCAGUCGCACGGCCGAAACAUACUACGAAAUGGUGGUGAUGGUACAACAAGGCCAGUCAGAGCAACGGAAAUAUACAUUCCCCGUCCCCAUCGCUCGCUACGAUACACUAUCCACCUUCGGCAUGUAUAACCGCCCCGAGUCAGCAGAGCGGGUAUCAGAUCACCUGGUCACAUUGGCCAUCUCAUUACCCCGGUGGUCCUAUGGACCUCUCGAUCCUGUCAGCGUAUACGUCAAAUUAUCUCCGAACCAAGACUGGAUGGGCAAGGCCCGAAAAGUCACCAUCAACAAAAUCACCAUCGGUAUCGACGAAGAAAUCAUAUACAACCACGAAGGCGACGAGCCCCAACGCAAGAUUAAGACUCUCACCAAGAAAACCGAGGCGGUGGGGGUCCGAUUACCCCAGUCGGGAUACCUGACGAAUCUAGGCUUGGUAUUUCCCGCCAAGGACAUGCGGGACUCGGAGGGUAUCUUGCCGCGAAGUCGCGCAGCAUUUCCGAUGUAUGGCGUCAGCGGAUUCACCACUACGGCCAGCCUGUAUAAAAUCGAAUACUACCUCACAGUGCGGGCUCAUUUAACAUCCGCGAGAGAUAUCACCAUCCGACAACCGAUCGUCGUCUGCCCACUCGACCACGCAGGCUGCAAAGAAGAAAUGGAAGCCAUCGAACAAGCUGCGCGCGAUGCAGCCCACGUGAACCCAGACAAUCCAAUGCUUCCUCUGCCAGCAAUUGUACGACCGCACGACCUCAAUGCCCUCAAUUAUCUGGGCGUGGCUCUGGUUGGCAACCAAAAGAAACCACUGAUCGACUGA